AUGCAAACUUUACAAAUGUUUGCAAACCUUUCAAUAUUCCCCAGGUUGGGACCACAAUUGCAACAACAACUACGGCGAAUGCAUAUCAAGAGAGCGGAGCUCUAUAGGAAAUGUUGCUUUAUCUUGGGUGUGGAAGAGACAGCAGAUCAGAACACAGUACGUCGAGCCUACAUUGAAUUGGUAAAAAAGGUCCAUCCAGAUUCCGGUCUGCCAGAAGCCUCUGCAGAACGUUUUCGAGAAGUCGAUGAAGCCUUUAAGGUGCUGCAGGAAAAAUUUGCCAAAAAUCGCCGUGGCAUAUAUGAAGAUGAGGAGGAAGAGGUGCCAGAUAUACGUCACACAGCUCCCCAACAUCGUCAAUAUUUAAGUUUUGAUGGAUUGGGUGUGGGUAAUCCAUUUCAACGCCAAAAACAAUAUCAACAAAUUAAGGCAAUGAAGGCCCAAGAACGUGUACUCAAACAUCGUAUAGAUAAAUCACAGGCCGAUGAAAAGACCCUAAUGAAAAAGGGAACCUUCUUUAAAAAACAUGCCAUUAAAACAAAAUACGGGUUCGAUCGCCUGGUCGAAGAUUAUAUACAAGAGGCUAUGUCACGUGGUGAUUUUAAUAAUUUAAGCUGUGCCGGAAAACCAUUGACCCAAGCUCAAACUCAAAACCCAUAUUUAGAUUUUACCACCCAUAAGCUGAAUAAAAUACUUAUCGAUAACGGCUUUACACCCGAAUGGAUAAUGUUGCAACGUGAUAUACGCGAAGCCUUGGAUGAUAUGAAAAAUAAAAUUAAAAAAGAACGAAUUUAUUAUGGCGAAUAUCCAUUAAACGAAAUGGAAGAUCAACAAUGGCAAGAGUUUUUACAGAACUUUGACUAUGAUGUGAAGCAAAUCAAUAAGAACAUUGAUAAAUAUAAUUUAAUUGUGCCGAUAUUUGAUCAUCAAUUCUUUCGUGUAAAUUUAGUGAAAAUUGGCGAAACUAUUCUAAAGGAUCCAUCGGUGCCAUGCAAUCAAAAGAGACCACAAUCUCGUGGCGACUCGGCAAGCAGCAGCGAAAGUCAUGGCAAAUCAGAUUUUUUCUCAUUUAUUGGUUCGUGGUUUUGA